AUGGGAAACCAGCUCAACUGCUUUACACAAUGUCAAGCACGACAGGAAGGAAUGCAAAGGCUGUUAAUGCUUCAAAAAGGUGCUUAUUUCAAGCGGAAAAAAACAAUUCUAGGACUACAAACAGGAACGGAACGAGUCCAUAUGAAGCUAGAUGAAGAUGGACAUACAUUGUUGUGGAAGCCACACGACUCGAUCAAAACUACGACAAAGAUUGAGCUUCACAUGGUUAGUUCUAUCCAGGCACAUGGCGAGGUUGGAUUGACUGUAAUGUCUCGUAAAGGUGAUGUGUUACUGGAUGUUGAGGCAGAUUCAAGAGAGAUUCGUGACAUGUGGGUAACACAUUUGCAGCUGGUAUGUGAGGACAGCAAUAUGAGUGACGAGACUGAGGAAGAGGUGCAGUCUGGAUCAAAGUUUCGCAAAGUAGUUGAGGAUCGCGCAAAAAGGCAAACGUACUGGGCAAAACGUACACAGGAAUUGGAACAACGGAAAAAAGAAGCUGAUGAACGGAAAAAGAAGUUUGCUGGUGUCGGUAUGAAAUACACUGCUUUUGCAAUGAGUAACAGACCUGGCUCAUGA